AUGUCUCCGGAAGCUGUGAUCAUUAACAAAACUGGACGGUACAUUGUGUACUUCACGACCUGCGAUGAAGAUUUGGAUGGCACUGUUGUCAGGGGAAGAACAGUUUGGAAGAACCUAGAUGGGUAUUUACCAGGAGAGACAGCUCCUCUAAUGAAGUUCUAUGGAUUCAUGUUCGUAGCUUAUAUGUUGCUUGGCGUAGUUUGGUUUCCACGAUUUGUUAGGUACUGGAAGGAUGGAAUCCAGCUGCAUAGUCAUGUUAGCUUGGUUAUUGCAUUUUCCAUGUAUGAGUUGGCCUUCAUGUACUCUGGUUUUGCCUAUCUCGACUCGGUUGGUACAAGUCCUGUGAAGGCAACGUUAUGGGCUGUGAGUUUUUCUUCUGCGAGGAAGGCGUUGUCUCGGCUUCUACUGUUGGCUUUAACUUCAGGAUAUGGACUUGUGAAGCCUGAAAUAUCCGGCUUUACACCGAGGAUGCUUCUUCUUGGCGGCAUGUGCUAUGUGAUUAGUCUAUCUCUGGGAUCGGCGCAGCAUUUUGGGAGUCUCACUGAAGAUGGGAUGACUUUGUUGAUGCUGUCUUGGGCUAUAAUGGAAACAUGCUUUCUCCAGUGGAUUUUCAGGUCCUUGUGGAAUACGCUUAAGAAGCUUAAGGUGAACAAGAGGAACAUUGCUAAGUUGCAGCUCUACAAGAACUUUGCAGUUGUACUAGUAACCAUGGCGGUGCUUAACUUUGCCUGGGUUUAUGUGGAGGUAUAUAUCAAUGACUCCCUGAGUGAGCUUUGGCAAGUGAAGUGGAUGAUCCCAGCAUUUUGGUAUGUGCUUGCCUAUGCACUAUUGGUAGUCAUCUGCUGCUUUUGGCCUCCAACCGAAAAGCCAACCAGGUACCUCUACACAGCUGAAAUGGAGGAUGAGUUUGAGGAAGAAGAUGAAGAUGAAGAUCUAGUAUUGGCAGAAGCAGGGAUGAAGAGUGAAAAUGGGAGAAAUGUGGAGAGGGAAGAGAGGAAGAGCCUUCUAGAAGCAUUCAUUCUCUUGUUUGUGAAUAUACGUGAGAGGUGA